GUAUAUUGCAUAGCUUCACAACAAACUCGGAAUAUUCAACCCAGAUACACGAUACAACUAGUCAACCAACUCUGACUCACCACCGGUAUAAUGCAUUCCUUAUCUCGCUUUGCGGCUCUCCUCUCAACAUUGGUGGCAGCGCUCUUGCUCCAUGCCGAUCCCGCUCGCGCAACGCCACUAACCUCGCACUCGGCAACUCUCGUUGCCCGGGACAUCUUAUCAGACCAUGGCUCUAGUUGUACUUACUGGACUGAUCAAGAGCCCAAUGGAUACUACAGACUCAAGAUCAAAUGCGACAAGGUCGGUCGUGGCCUAAAGGUCGCCGCGCGUGUGUCCUUCAAUAACAUGAUAUUCGCCACUGAAUGGAUAGACUACAACAAUCUGAACCAGGUCGUGCAGAGUGCGUCAUACAACUCGGACAGGCGGGUUGAAGAUCUUAACUUCCAAUGGUUCUUCGGCACGUCCGGUAUGCCAGAUAUGGGCAACUGUAACUCUCAACUCGUCGAGGUCGAACAGAUCAUCAAGAAUGCCUGGUAUAAUUCCAUGACCUGUACCGAUAUCAGUCCGUACCUCAAAGUUCGCGCGGUACUGGACUUGCCGGGCGCGGCCAUUAAUCAAUACUCGGAGUGGAUUCAAACCCCUGGGACCGUCAAUACUCUGGAGCGCGAAUCUUGGUUUGGCAAGCCCAGUGCGUAUGCUCAAUGGACUGUGAGAGAUGCAUGAUUUCGAGGGCCAUGGGAAGUUUCAGAGAUUGGUUUCGGAGAUGCAUCGAGAAAUCGCCGGGAUAGAUGGAGUUGGCGUCGACUUUCGAAGCCCAGGAAUCUCUUUUUCAGGAGCAAGAAGCAUUGGCACUUUGAAAAGAAUGUGACCAGUAUCAGUUGCUGCGACAAGUUCAGAUAUGUGGCAGUACUGUCAACUGAGCUUGUGUUACUUAUUCUGCUCCUCUACUUGAGACAGCAGUCGUAACCUCUUUUGGUCUGCGAUAAUCUUCAGCUUGUCCAACUCCUCUGUUCUGUGCUCAAUCUCCCUCCUGACCUCCUCUUCUGAGGCGACACGGUAUUUUAACCGGAGCACGCACGCGGCGAAAAGCACAACUCCCAGUUGAACCGUAAUGCCCCAUUGACCUACAGCCCGCGGACUCUCAGUCGGUGCGCCGUCUUGGUGAAUGUAGUGCUCGAUCCAGAUGAUGAACGCGAUUACCGUCAGAGGGCCAAAUAACAUUGCAGCAAACAGGACCAAUAUGACCAGAAGAUCAAGGCUGAAUAAGAAGAGAGGAUGUUGGCGGAUUGAUGUAUGGUUGCUAUUCCAUUGUCUUGGUGUUUUCAGACUUAGAGAUGUCUGUGGGCUGCGCAGGAAGUUCAUGAGGUGCACCCAUCCUCGCUUGAAGUCGCCGUUGAAGCUCUGCCAAAUCUCUUUUCUCCUAGUCCACAGCUGUCGAGGCUCGUAGAUGGGAACCCGCUCUGUACAGAAUUUUAAACGGCCCAUGGCCAACAGGAACAGCUGCGCCGCGGUGAAACUGGUGAUGGCGGUAUAAAUCAAGGGCUGAAAAUCAUCGCUUCCAUAGCCAGCGUCUGUAUGUAGUUUGGCUCCUGGGGCAUUCGGAGUCAAUGCGGAUGCUUUCAGGGAGGUCGCUUGCCGCAAUAUUUGAGAUGUACUGAAGCAAGGAUACAUGCAGUUCGAAGUGUAGUUGAACCACAAACGAUUGUCAAGAAGAGGUUGCCCAAAAAGUUUCCACACGG